AUGACUUGGCAAGAAUUUAAGGAGCCCUUUAUGAGAUACCAUUGCCCUCAGUCGGCUAUUGAUAAGAUUCAAGAGGAUUUCUUACGCCUCCGACAGAAAAACGAGUCAAUAAAUGAAAUAUCAAAUACUUUCAUGGAUAAGAUGAAGUUCUGUGGGGAUUUUGUGAAGAGUGAAAGGAUGAAGAUCAAUCGCUUUUACGAGGUAUUAAAGGCGGAAUUUAGGGAGUUCAUCAUUCCCUCGAAAUGUGAGACCCUUGAUGAGCUUAUCAAUCUGGCACGAGAUAGAGAAAUCGAAAUUAAGAGGCAAGAAGAACGUGGUGAAAAGAGAUCAAGUGAAAAAGGUGCAGGUUCGAGUCCAUCUAAAAAGGAGAAGUAUCAAGAGCAAGGAAGGAAAUAUAAGUCGAAGGGUGGUAUUACUCCUUGCAAGACUUGUAGAAAACUUCAUACUGGAGAGUGUCUGUUAGGCAAGAAGGGGUGCUACAAAUGUGGUAAGAAGGGACAUUCGUCUUAUCAAUGUCCAAAUAGCCCGAAGACUUAUCAAUGUCCAAAACUUCAGCAAGAGUCGAAAAAGGAAGACAAGAAGCAAGAGGGUUCUAGGGCUAAAGGAAGGAUGUUCCAAAUCACAUCCGAGGAGGCUAAGGUUCAUCCAAAUGUCGUUUCAGGUAUCUUCUUAUUAAAUUAUAUGCUGGUUCAUGUUUUGUUUGAUAACAGAGCCACUAUGUCGUUUAUUUCAAAUGAAAUCGUACAACAUCCUUCAUUUAAGAUUGAACGAAUGCCGAUGCCUUUAGAAGUAGAAAUAGCCGAUAGCAAGACCUAUAUGUUACACGAGAUUUGUAGAAAUUGCAAAUUUACUAUAGAAGAUGAAGAAUUCGAUAUCGACCUCAUACCUAUGGUUUUGGGGGAAUUUAAAAUGACAGUGGGAAUGGAUUGGUUGGCACGACACCGUGUAGAAAUUAAUUGUGAAAGUAAGAUAAUGUUUGUUCAAGCACCAAGUGGAAGGCAUUUGAGUAUUCAAGGGGAGAGAAAUGUGGAAACCAAAUUGUGCACCCUUGUUCAAGCUGUUAAAUACGUGCUUAACGGGAGUAGAGCAUACCUAGCUUAUGUAGUAGACUCUCGACAAACCCUCCCGAAGCUUGAAGAUGUUGAGGUCGUGAACGAAUUUCCGGAUGUAUUUCCGGAGAAAUUGCCGGGACUCCCUCCCGAACGGGAAAUAGAGUUUCACAUUGAAUUGAAUCCGGGUGCGAAGCCAGUUGCGAAGGCUCCUUAUAGACUGGCUCCCACCGAGAUGCGGGAGUAA